AUGCGCAAUCUCCUUAAAUGGGCAAAGGGUUUAGCAAAACGUUCACCAGCCCUACCGAGAAAUCACCAGAACAUCAAAUUCCCAAUUAUCGAUUCCUCUUUGAUAGUAGAAGAAGAGCACCAUGGUAUAGAUCGAUACUAUCCCACUCGAAUUGGGGAGGUACUUUCGUCUCGAUACCAAGUCGUAGGAAAACUAGGUUUCGGAUAUUCUUCGACCGUUUGGCUUGCACACGAUUUACAAGUCCAUCGCUAUGUUGCGUUAAAAAUAUUCACAAGUGAUGGUCAGAAUAAAGAUGAGAUCGCCAUAUAUAAGCAUCUAAAAGACGGGAAGAAGUCUCAUGCGGGAUACCGCUAUGUCCGAGCCGCAAUUGAUUCCUUCGAGCUCUCAUCUGGCGAAAACAUCAAAGCGGAUAAUAUCAUGCACUAUAUUGAGGAUAAGUCUAUUUUGACCGCCUUUGAGGAGGAAGAGUUCGUGGACCCAUCGCCACGCAAACAGGAAGGGGACCGUGAUAUCUACUUGACACGGAAUUUUAAUCACCCUGUUUCUUACGGAGAGCCCGUUCUCUGCGAGUUCGGUGCUGCUGUAUAUGGUAACAAGGAAAAUGACAGGGAGGCAUAUCCGCAAGUAUAUCGCUGUCCCGAAGUCAUGCUCCAUACGACUUGGACGUAUAGUGCCGAUAUAUGGAACGUAGGUGUCAUGAUCUGGGACAUCUAUGAAGGCAAACACCUUUUCACCGGCCACGACUCAGCACGAGACCGCUACACAACCCGCGCACAUCUACAAGAACUGAUCUCCGUACUCGGUCCUCCAUUUCUCGACUUACUCAAACGCGGGAAGCGAACCGCCGAGGUUUUCGACGAGAAUGGGCAAUGGCUUGAGCCCGACGCGGAAAAUCCAGAUCGUUUACCAUCACUUCCAUCUAGUAGUCUUGAGUCUCGGGAGGAGAAUCUGGAAGGCGAGGAUAAAGCGUUGUUUAUGGAUUUCAUUCGGUCGAUGUUGCAGUGGGAGCCAGAGAAGAGGAAGACCGCAAGGGAGUUGUUAGAAGAUCCUUGGUUGAGGAAGGGGAUGUGA